UCACAGUCAGUCACCCAACCUGGACCUCGGCUCAGCUUCUGCUUUGUACCUGCGCGAACAGGGAAAGGCAGAGCAGGCAGCGCUCUGAACAAACCAGAAAAACAGCCUUCCUCCGCUCUGCUCGGGACGGGAGCCCACGGCAGGGCACGGCGGCGCCACCGGCAGGAGCUGGGGGAAGCUCCCCACCCUGGUGCCGCCCGCCGCCCGCCUCCUCCUCAUGCCCCCCGGGGUGGAGUGUGAGCCGCCCGGGAGGUCACUUUGGACUCUGCACCCUCGGCUGUGCGCGCGUGCUGCGCAGCCCUCCGCUGCCCGUCCAUGGCAGGCGCCAGGUCCCCAUCGCCAGCUGAAGAGCUGGAGCUUUCUGUGCUCAAGGGGCGGCAGGACGAGCAGACGCCUCUCAAUGGAGCCGUCCAGCUCCUCCCUGCUCCGGCCGAGGAGCCCUGCCCAGCCCAGGCUAACAAGGAAAGUCCUUGGAGCCCCUGUAAUAAGAAGGUGAUCAGAAAGUGCAAACUAUGGAUGGUCAUUGCCUCUAUUUUCCUCGGUAUGAUUAUAGUGAUCAUCAUAAGCUUAUGUCUUAUUGGAGUAACUUAUGUCGAUGAAGAUGAAAAUGAAAUAGUUGAAUUAGCAUCAAAUAAAACAUUCUUGAUCAUGCUAAAGAUUCCAAAGGAGUGUAUUACUGAAGAGGAAUUGCCUCACCUGCUCACUAAAAGGAUAACAGAUGUGUACAGUUCCUCCCCGUCUCUGAGUCGUUAUUUCACCUCAGCGGAGAUCGUGGACUUCAGUAGUGAAAAUGCGACGGUUACCUACCACCUGCAGUUUGGAGUCCCACUGGCGGAUGAUGGUUUUAUGAAGUAUAUGAUGAGUGGGGAGCUGGUGCGGGGCAUUUUGCUCCAGGACCUGCAUGACAAGAACAUAUCUGGGUGUGAGUCUCUGGGGCUUGAUCCAGCAUCCCUCUUGCUUUAUGAAUGAAGGGGUGGAGGUCGGUCAGCCUGAAAGCAGUGCCUCAUUGCAUUUUGGGAUGAAGAGCAGUCAUUCUGUUCCACAGAAAAGAGCCUGUGAAUUAAUGUAGAAGGACUUGCAACAUCUAGCGGAAGUGGAGACGGUCCUUUUCCUCUGAUUCGGCAGUCACAGCAUCCACUGGGUCAGCCUGGGCAGAGCCAGGUGGGGGCGGGUGACAGGGUGGAGGGGUGGGUGGAGCUUGUAAUGUGAGGAGGUCACUGCUGUGAGGCACUAGCUGCCUCCCCUGACGCAUGGCUGUUUUCUCUUCAGUGCAAGGGUGGCCUCUCUGGCAGGAUGCCACGAGCCUGGUCUGGUGGAGAGAGAACAGGGAGAAGCAGGCAGCUGGAUGAGGGAGAACUGAGCCAGGGCAUCAUGAAGACUGCUGACCGUCUGCUGUGGGUUUUACACACUGGCUUUUUAUCGUCCGCAGUUGCUAGCCUUCCUGCAGGACUUACUGUCUGCAGGCGUGGGUCGUGUCUGUUAUGGACGAUGUCUGGGAAACAGGAAGCAACACUCUGAAUAAACUGUUGGGAUUUUAAAGCCAGUUCAGAUGGGAGGUGAGGGUGGGAUAUUAGCGAUGGUAUUGGUUUUCUAUGGAUAUGGAAAUGCCUGUCAUGAGGGAACAGAGUAUUUCUAUUUUUUGGAAAAUUGCUUUGCUGGAAAUUUUCCAGGUGAGAGAGUUUUGUGGUCAUAUAAUGAGAGAACCUUAGCCCCAGUAUCUCAGUUAAACUGGCCCUGGGCAGAGAGGGGCAGCUGUGUGUGGGGAUGUGUCCAAGUGUAUGUGACUCAGGCUAGAUUUACCUUGAGCCCUUUAUGACCCAUGACUCUGGAUAAUGAGAAUUUGCUUUCUUGUUCACUAGAAGAUACAUUUAUUGUAACCCAGUGUUUCAUUUUAAGGAUAGUUCCUCAAACUAGGGGGAGAGGUAAAUUUCCCUUCUUCCUCUUUAUUUUUUACAUGUCAAAUGUAAACCUUAGCGUGUUUGUACUUUUUAGAAGAAAAUGAUAAAGAACUUUAAUGGAGAAGGAUUUUCAAAUAUUGACAAUAAUUUAUUUUUGCAGCUACACUGUCGCAUUUGCUUCAUAGGUGUUUCUUCUCCAGGGCCCUGGUUUGGGCUGGCGUUCCCUUGCAGUAAAAGGUAUUGGAAGUGAUCUUUUCAUUUCCCUGAGGGCAGCUUCCUCUUCUGAGUAAGACUGAGUUGGGUGGGCUGAGCCCUCCUCUCUGUCCCAGUGAGAGUAGGAAGGGCCUUGUGUCCCCACCACUUCCUCCAGGGGCUCCCUGGCAGGACGAGGUGUCUGAGGAACUGGGGCUGGAAAGAAGGGCCUGUUCCUGUCUGGAGACAGGACAGGGCUUAGUUUUGAUCCUCCCUUCUCCUUUGGCAAGCACCAAGAUGCAAGGACCCCAUCAUAGGUUUUGACCACUUGCAAGUCGGAGAGCAGACUUUCCAUCGGUUUGACUUUCCAGCCCAAGUGGUCUGGAAAGAACUGAACUUUGUAGCUAAAGCGUUUUGAGGUGUGUGGAAGAAAUGACACAUACAGUGUUCUGCUACAGGAGAUGAAUUUAUUGGUCAUUAUAUAUCUUACUGGUGAGCGUACACCUACCACAUAAUAAGGUUUCAACAAAUAUCUGUGAAAUGAUUGAAGGAUUUGAGAAGAAAAACCAGUCUUUUUUAGAAGUCACUUAGCUAUGGACAGAAAGGAUACAGCUAGGUUCCUGGAACCUGCCCCUCCUUCCAUCCCCAACAAAAAUUCUACCCAAAUGUACAAUUCUUUUUUGCCUUUUAAUUUAACUUAGUUCUGUAGAUGUUUAAAUGACGUGUUCUGCAGAAGGCUGGAGGAGAUGCCAGCGACGAAGGAGACAAUAAUAAGAAGAGCUGUUAGACUUAUUAGGGAGUCAGGCUUUGCACAGAUGAAACAGGAAACAGCAGAAACAAAUAUCCACAUGUUAAAAGUAAAUAAAGAUAAACUGUAGCAUUAUGGGUAGUCAGAGAAAACAGUGGUCAGUAUAGUUUAACUGGAGAAGGCUUUGCUGAGAAGUAGGACCCAAACUGAAGCCUGAAAUAGUGGUGGGAUUUGAGUUCCUUUACACUGAACAGAUUUGCCUGCCGUUACGCACAUAUGUGUCUUAUUAGGCUGAGGGACAUGCUCUCUCGUUUCCCUUUUAGAUAUGGACUCCUGCCCUCUUCAGAGCCUGAUCAGUACUGAGAAAUCUCUCUUAAGUCUCCCCUGUUCCCAUUACUGCUUCAUUGCUGUAAAAUAAGCUCAUUGACACUAUACUGCAUUGCUGGCAGCAGUAUCCAGGCUUCAUUUAGUCUUUCCUUUCUGAUUAGAGAUCAUAUACUCUCAGCAUCAGAAGACAGCCCCCUCACCUUACUGUUAGGAAACCAAGGUCCGGAGGGUUGGUGGAAGGCCAACUCAACGUUCCACGGUUUUUGGGGGCAAAGUCCUUCCCUGGACAGUGACACACCAUCAAUGGCCCCCAAGCCUGGUGGGCAGCCCCAAGGCAGGCUCAGUCUAGGUGUGGCUGGUAGCUGCAAAUCCGCGAGGACACCAGUGGUGGGAGAGAAAGGGACAAGCUGAGAGGAGUGAUCAGCAGACUGUAGAGACUCUCCGGGAUGAGGAUGAGCACUCAGUGCUUCCCCAGGUGCCUUGCAGAAGAACCCAAUGUCUGCACAUGGGAGGGGCUUACACUGCACACGGGCGGAACCGAGGUACGCUCAGGUCCAGUGGCUUUCUAGGUGCUUUCCGAACACAGGAGGAGGCUGGCUUGGAAAGGAACAGAUAAAUGUAAACAGACUCUCCUUUCCUCAGAAGGCUCGUGGGGCCUCAUUUUCUUAUUCUACCUAUGCCCUUCCAUUCCUGAGAAUAUUUGAACACCUGUCACCUAAGGUCAUCCUAAAAACAUCAGCCUUUGAAUUUAUUUGCUGUCAACGGUAGAUUUUCCUGACCUACCGUUGCUCUGUUCUUGUACCUAUCUUUUGUUCUGAAUAAAUAUUUAUUUACAGUU